UAGAAUGCGUCAAGUGGGCACAUCUGUGAUCAGUAGCCAUGCGCGGCUGGGAGGAACCAGGGCCUCGCCCCACAGCGACCCCGUGCGGGUGCGUCAAGCCAUCACUGGAAACAGGGAAUCUUUUAACUGAGCCAAUUGGCUACUUGGAAUCCUGUUUCUCAGCCAAGAAUGGUACUCCAAGGCAGCCAUCCAUUUGUAGCCAUUCAAGGGCUUGUUUGAGAAUUAGAAAGAGCAUCUUUAAUAAUCCUGAACAUUCCUUGAUGGGUUUAGAACAGUUUUCUCAUGUUUGGAUCUUGUUUGUUUUUCACAAAAAUGGUCAUUUGAGCUGUAAGGCGAAAGUGCAACCUCCUAGGCUGAAUGGCGCGAAGACUGGGGUUUUCUCCACCAGGAGCCCGCAUCGUCCCAAUGCCAUCGGACUGACCCUGGCCAAGCUGGAAAAAGUGGAAGGUGGAGCUGUAUACCUUUCUGGAAUUGACAUGAUUCACGGCACACCUGUGCUGGACAUAAAGCCCUACAUAGCUGAUUACGACUUGCCACAAAAUUUGAUUGUGCCUUCAGGGGAGCGUGAUUUACAGAAUAACCAGUAUAAACCAAAAGCCGUGUCCUGGUUUGAUGGCAAGACCGACGGCUGUGCCCAGCAGGGGAUCUCAGGGCGCGAUGCACCGCAGCCCUGCGGCCGCAUUCAGGAGAAACCUGCAUUUGCCAAAGGCAGAACUUCAGGAGAAAACGGCCUGCAGCACAGUGACGCAGCCACCGUGCAGCGAAGCUCACCUCAGCACAGGGAGAUAGCCGCACACUUGGGUUUCAGGUCCCGAAGUGGUCAGAGACCGAGUGUGGCAGAGGAGCAGGUCGGCUCACACGGCCUGGAGAAGAGCUCUUCAGAGGAGGGCACGGAUAAGAGGCCAAGGAGAGGGAGAGAAGUAGUGGUCCCACAGGAAAGCAGUGCGGACGUGCAGCCCCUGGCUCCUCACUGCCCUUCCACGGUGGCGGACGCAGCCCCCCGCAGUGUGGUUCCCACCUGGGUGCGAGAGGCCCCUGUGGCCACCUUGGACGUCCGGUUUACUCCUCAUGCAGAGCUAGAGCUUGAACACCUCGGUUCCAAAGACGUUGGUCGGGCUCCAUUUAAGUAUUUUCAGUCAGUGGAGGAGGCGAGGCGUGCCAUCGAGGCCGUGUUGUCAGCCGACCCUCGGUCUACAUACCGACGGAAGCUCUGCCAGGACCGCCUUUUCUACUUUACAGUAGACACGGCCCACGUCACGUGCUGGUUUGGUGAUGGCUUUGCAGAGGUUCUAAAGAUCAAGCCGGCUUCUGAGCCUGUUCACAUGACUGACCCUGUGGAGUCCUUGGUGUCCCUGGGAUCGUAAGUAGCUUCCAUCACGUCUUUAAGGCAGCCUGUUUGACUUUGGUUGUGACUGUGGAUUUUUUUGUACAAGCUAAUGAUGUGCCACCUUUGCAGAAAGAAGCAACACUUUGUGGUCUGACUGUUUUGAUUGAUUUAAGUUGUUCAUAAUAUUUAUUUGAAAAACAUGUACAUAUUUUAA